AUGCAGGAGCUUGAACACAAAAUGAUUUCAUUGAUAAAGAAUGAACUGAAGAGGUUCAAAACAAUACUGAGCCCAGGUUACCCAGAAUGCUCCAAGAGCGGGGAGGAGGAGGGUCAAAAAAAAGUAAAGGAGGGAGUUCUGAAGAUCACACUGCACAUUCUAAGGGAGAUGAACCAGAAAGAACUUGCUAACACACUGAUGACCAAUCUGAUUUCUCUGUACCAACAAAAACUAAAAUCCAGACUAAAGGAGAGAUUUAAGAGUGUUAAUGAAGGAAUAUCACUUCAAGGAAGCUCAUUACUUGUGAAUGAGAUCUACACAGAGCUCUACAUCACAGAGGGAGGGAAUGCAGGGAUUAAUAAUGAGCAUGAAGUGAGACAGAUUGAGAUGAUAUCCUGGAGACCAGAGAUACGGGACACGCCAAUCAAAUGCAAUGACAUCUUUAAGCUCUUACUUAGACAAAACAAACCCAUCAGAACUGUGCUGACUCAAGGAAGUGGAAUUGGAAAAACAGUCUCCGUGCAGAAGUUCAUCCUGGACUGGGCUGAAGGAAAAGCAAAUCAGGAUGUUCAAUUUAUAUUUCCACUUCCCUUUAGAGAGCAGAACUUAAUGAAGGACAAAAAUCUCAGCUUAAUUGAGCUUCUUUGUCAUUAUGUCACAGAAAUAAAAGAGAUUAACAUGGGAGACUUUACAGACUAUAGAAUCUUGUUUAUAUUUGAUGGUCUGGAUGAGUGUCGACUACAUCUACAUUUUCAAAACCAUCAAAGCUUUUUUGAUGUAAGUGAAUCAGCCUCAGUGGACGUGCUGCUGACCAACCUCAUCAAGGGGAAUCUGCUUCCAUCCGCUCUCAUCUGGAUCACCUCCAGACCAGCAGCAGCCAAUCAGAUUUCUCUUGAGUGUAUUGACAAGGUCACAGAGAUAAGAGGCUUUAGUGAUCCUCAGAAGGACAAAUAUUUCAGGAAGAGAAUAAGCGAUCAAAGUCUGGCCAAUAGAAUCAUCUCACAGAUCAAAUUAUCCAGAAGUCUGUACAUCAUGUGUCACAUCCCAGUCUUCUGCUGGAUUUCAGCCACUGUUCUCCAGAGAAUGUUGAGUGACAAACAGAGUGAAGCAGAGAUCCCCAAGACUCUUACUCAAAUGUUCACACACUUCCUGAUCUUUCAGAUCAAACUGAAGAGACAGAAAUAUGAUGGGGAAAAGGAAGACGAUAUACAGCAGGCUAGAAAGAGUAUUCUGUCACUGGGAAAACUGGCUUUUCAACAGUUGAAGAAAGGAAACUUGAUCUGCUAUGAGGAGGACCUCAGAGAGUCUGGCAUUGAUGUCAAAGAGGCAUCAAUAUACUCUGGAGUUUGUACCCAGAUCUUUAGAGAGGAGUUUGGAUUUUCCCCGGGGAAGGUGUUCAGCUUUGUUCAUCUGAGUGUCCAGGAGUUUUUUGCAGCUUUAUACAAGUUCUUUUGCAUGUUUGAGGAUGAGGGACAUAAAUCUGAGGAUUCUUUUACAGAAUCUCUUAAGGUUGAAGUGGACAAGGACUUGCAGAGUGAGAAUGGACACUGGGACCUUUUCCUUCGCUUUCUUCUGGGUCUCUCAGUGGAGUCCAACCAGAUUCUCCUGCGAGGUCUCCUGAAAAACACAGGAGGCAGGUCUUACAAAAUAAAGAAAGUAGUCAAGUACAUUAAAGACAAGAUCAAGAAGAAUCUGUCUACAGAAAAGUCUAUUAAUAUUUUCUACUUUCUGAAUGAACUGAAUGAUAAUUCUCUAGUGAAGGACGUCCAGUCAUUACCGAGGAGCACACCAGAUUUCAGUGGGCUUUCUGCAGUCAAACUCUCUCCCUCUCAGGGGUCGGCUCUGGUGUUUGUGUUGCUGAACUCAGAAAAGGAGCUAGAUGAAUUUCAACUGAGUAAAUAUGAGCCAUCAGAAGAAUGUCUUCUCAGAUUGAUGCCACUUGUCAAAGCCUCUAGAAAAGCAUGCGUGCCGCUCGGGUUUAUACAUACAAGACCACUUCACCAUUGGCUUCAGAGCCGCCUUCCAUUGAGAGCGUGGCACACCGGCAAAAGCGUGGUGACGAUGUACGCCUCCCUGCUCGGCUGGGUUAGUCUCGGACAGCUUGACCUGGUCAUCAUAUUCCUUUGGGGCGCGAGGAGGUUGAACCCUUCUCCUGUCCAUGCUCCGUACCCUCUUGGGACCUCAAUGUGGUCUUCAAGGGCCCCAUUGAGCCCAUGGGAGAAGCCGUAUUUUUUCCCUACUUUCCCCAAUGGGCGAAGUACAAGCAUCCCAUCCGUCACUAAGCACUUCUUUGGUUUACAAGCAGGGCAGAGUGGCCCGUAUACCAAGCCCAGUAUAGGCAGAGCUUUCCCUCACAAGUUGUAUGUUUUGUACCCUCUGCCUGCACUUGGUUCCCCCCCCCGACGACCUGACAUUUACGUCAAACAUGACAAUAUGCUGCAGGAUUCAGGAGCGAAGCUUAUCUCUGCUGGACUGAAAAAUCCACACUGUACAUUGGAAACUUUAAAGCUGUAUCAGUGCAGUAUUAGAGAGAAUGGUUGUGCUCUUUUGGCUUCAGCUCUGAAGUCAAACCCAUCACACCUGAGAGAACUCAAUCUGAGUCAUAAUGAACCAGGGGAGUCAGGAGUCAAACAGCUCUCUGAUCUACUGAAGGAUCCACACUGUAGACUAGAGAAACUACAGUUGGCAUACUGCAGUAUUUCAGAUAAAGGUUUUGCUGAUCUGACUUCAGCUCUAAAAUCAAACCCCUCACACAUGAGAGAACUGAAUGUCAGUGAUAAUGAAUCAGGAUAUUUAGGACUGAAGUCGCUCUGUGCUCUUCUGCAGGAUCCAAACAGUAAACUGGAAAAACUACAGCUGGAAAACAGUGAUUUGAAUGAAGGCAUUUCUGCGGUUUUGGCUUCAUUUUUGACAUCAAAUCUCACAAACCUAAGGGAAUUGAAUCUGAGCAGAAAUGAACCAGGAGAAAAAGGAAUGAAGCAGCUCUCUAAUCUACUGAAGGACCCACAAUGUAAACUAGAAAAACUGCAGCUAGCAAAGUGCAAUAUUACAUUUGAACAAUUUGCUGUACUGGCUACAGCACUGAUAUCAAACCCAUCACACCUGAGAGAACUCAAUCUGAACUAUAAUCAACUAGAAGAUUCAGGAGUGAAGCUGCUCUCUGAUCUACUGAAGGAUCCACUCUGUAAAUUGAGGAAACUGGAACUGUCUGACUGCAGUAUUUCAGAUAAAGGUUGUGCUGCUCUGGCUUCAGCUCUAAAGUCAAACCCCUCACACCUGAGAGAACUAAAUCUGAAAUAUUAUUACCCAGGAGAUUCAGCGGUGAAGCUGCUCUCUGAUCUACUGAAGGAUCCACACAGUAGACUAGAAAAAGUAUAG